GGCCAAUCAGAGACAUUUGUUUUGACAGCAUGUUAAGCUAACCCUUACCACAUGUGAGACAAGUAAGUCGCUAAACCUGGAUUUGUAGGUUUAUGUUAUUGAAGAGAGCGUAAAUCAUGAAGAAGAAGAGGCAGACAGAUGUGAAGGAGCAAGCAGAGAUGCAUCCUUCAGAUUCGUUUCAUGAUGAGGAGGAGGAGGAGACGAAGGAAGCUGAGCCUUCGGUUAAAGCCAAAAGGAUCAGAUCUGAGGAGGAGAAGGAGGUAGUGGUCUACCAUCCGGUGAAGCUUUCCCGAAACGACCUGUACAGACCUCCUACCGCAGAGGAGCUAAACCAGCUGAAGGAGGCAGAAAGCUUAUUCCACUGCAGCCUCCUCAAAAUGCAGAUGGAGGAGCUGCUGAAAGAGGUGGUGCUGAGUGAGCACAGGAAACAGCAAAUCGAUUCCUUCAUUCAGACGGUAACGAAGCUGAUCCAGACUGUGCCGAAAACGCCUAAAGUAGAGGUAAAUGACAUGUCUUGGCUGUCCGGCGCAGUCAAAGUUCCCUUUCUUCUGUUGCCCAAAACGACAAAGGGAAAGUUCUGCAUGGCUCCUCCGGCUUCCGUUGAUCUGAUUGGGAGCUACGCACUAGGCACCUGCAUCAAACCGCACAUCAGAGUGGACAUGGCUGUCACAAUACCAGCUGAAGUCCUCCAACCAAAAGACUUUUUAAACCAGCGGUAUCCAAGGAAAAGGGCUCUCUACCUCGCGGGGCUUGCCCAGCAUCUUCAGUCCUCCUCUGAAGUUGUGACGUUGCGUUUCUCCUGUCUCCACGGCAACAGGCUCAGACCCAUUCUGUUGCUGACCCCCUCAGGUAAAGACUCUUCCAGUUUCACCGUUGGAGUUCAUGCCUGCCUGCCUCCUGGAUACUUCAAGCCGAGCCGUUUUCAUCCCAAGAGAAAUAACAUCAGGACUGAGUGGUACACUGGACUGAAGACCUCUAAUCCUGAGAGCAGUGAACCCCCCACUCCACAUUACAACAACUCUAUUCUUGGGGACUUACUGCCCAGGUCUCACCUCCAGUUUCUGUCUGCUGUCAGCUCUAAGUGCUCUGCAUUCGCCGAUGGAGUGGCUUUACUCAAAAUCUGGCUUCAUCAGCGACAGCUGGACCAGGGUGCCGGUUGUUUCAAUGGAUUCCUGGCCUCAAUGCUCUUGGCUUAUCUGCUGAUCUCUCACAGAAUCAGCAGCACCAUGACGGCCUAUCAGCUGCUACGAAACAGUUUGAAUUUUAUAGCAUCUACAGACCUGACGGUGAGUGGAAUCAGCCUUGCCAAGAACCCUGACCCUACAGCUCCGUCACUAGCGGACUUCCAUGACGCUUUCCAGGUUGUCUUUGUUGACCCUUCAGGACAUCUUAACAUGUGUGCUGAUGUGACUGCUUGCACUUACAAACAGCUGCAGCACGAGGCAUCUGUUUCUAUGCAUUUCUGGGACGACCCCUCAGUAGACGGCUUCCACUGUCUCCUCAUGACUCCCAAACCCAUGAUAAGGACAAGUGACCAUGUCUUCCAGUUGUGUGACUUGGUGAAGCUUCAGUCCAGCUGUAAAAAGCAGAACCUGCUCUGUGAGUUGAUGGACCACAGCGGGGAUUACAUCCACACAGCUUUGCCUUUUAUUCUGUCACUGCUCCAGCGAGGACUCGGCCAGAGGAUUCACCUCCUUGCUCACUCCCUCACUCCCUCACCUGUGUGGUCUGUUGAGAGCGAAGCCCCAAAGUACAAAACUCAGCCUUCGCUCUCCUUUGGAUUGCUCUUAAACCCGGAGAUUUCAGCUGCAGUCCUGGAACGAGGUCCCCCUGCAGACAGCUCCAAGGUGCCCGAGUUUCGUCAGCUGUGGGGCCCUCGCUCUGAGCUGCGCCGCUUCCAGGACGGCGCCAUCACCGAGGCUGUGCUGUGGGAGGGAAAGAGCAUGUACCAAAAGCGUUUAGUCCCCAAACAGAUCAUCACACACUUGCUACAGCUGCACGCAGACAUCCCCGAAUCCAGUGUGCGUUUUGUCGGGGCGCUGGUUGAUGACGUCGUCAAAAUGGGACGCGAGGUGCCCAGUACUGGGGAGGAAGAGAGUUUGGUGGUGGUUCAGUCGUACGAUGACCUGAGCAGAAAGCUGUGGAAACUUGAAGGUUUGCCUCUUUCCAUUACUGCCGUUCAAGGAGCCCACCCUGCUCUAAGAUACACACAGGUCUUUCCCCCUGAACCACUGGUGCUGGAUCAUUCCUUCUUUGACAGAGAUAAAAUUUCUAGAUCAUUGGUGCCAAAGGAUGUCAAGCCUUGUCCACAAUAUAUAACUCCCAUCACAGUGAUCUGUCACAUGGAGGGGAGUGGAAAGUGGCCCCACGACCGCCUCGCAAUCCGCCACAUUCGAGCUGCUUUCCACAUAUCUCUGGCUGAGUUACUCAAGAAGGACCAUAAUUACACAUGCAGGCCCUGUCCCACUCACCUGGAUGUGUGGAAGAAUGGUUUAGCAUUUCGAAUCCAGGUGGCGUACCAUCGUGAGCCUCAGGUCCUGCGCGAGAGGGUGACUGCUGAAGGGCUGCUGGUUGUGAGGGACAACGAGGAGGCUCAGGCUCUGGAGAUGGCAACGAUUCACAAACCGCUACUUACCAGCAUGUUACACGGUCUCCAGCAGCAGCACCCAUGUUUUGGAGCCGUUUGUCGCCUGGCUAAACGCUGGCUGGCGGCUCAGCUCUUCAGCGACGAGAUCACAGAGGAUGCAGCCGAUCUGCUGGUGGCAUCGCUCUUCCUGCAGCCUGCACCCUUUACUGCUCCUGGCUCUCCUCAGGUGGGCUUCCUUCGCUUCCUUCAUCUGCUCUCGAGCUUUGACUGGAGGAACAACCCGCUGGUAGUCAACCUGAACAACCAGCUCACAGCUGCAGACUACACAGAGAUCAAGAAUGACUUCAUGGCGUCGAGGGACUCUCUGCCCGUCAUGUUUCUUGCAACGCCUAAAGACAAAAAGCUGUCUUUGUGGACCCGACGAGCACCAAGCAUACAGAUGCUGCAGCGUGUGAUGAUGGUGGCUGCAGAGAGUCUGAAGGUACUGGAAUGUCAGCUGAUGGAUGGCAGCCAGAUGCAAGACGUGAGGGUGGUCAUGCGUCCUCCAUUGGAAGCCUAUGACGUGCUCAUUCACCUGAACCCAAACCAGGUUCCCUUACUUGGUCAAGCUGUGGACCCUCCAGCUGUGACCUUUAACAGGGGCGUGGUGCCAAAUGGCGCCCCCCAGUCUGGAGGGCCGCUGCCAGUCAUUGACUACAACCCCGUGACCCUCUAUCUGAUGGAACUGAGAGAGGCGUUUGGAGACCUAGCGCUCUUUUUCUGUGAUCCUUAUGGCGGAACUGUGAUCUCAGUUCUAUGGAAACCGAAGACUUUUGUUUCUGCACCAUUUAAGACAUCCCAGAUAACUGCUCGGACCGUGGAGGUGAUGGGGGAGGAAGUGAAAACCAUUCCAAACUUUGGAGCCAUACUGGAGGACUUUAGAGUUCUAGGAAAGGGUUUGGUCAAGUCAGUAGAAGCCAAAACUGAGAAAUGGGCAUUUUAGGUACUUCUAUACAAACUGCCGCCAGACCUGUUGACUCAGAUGUUUCAGUGGAGAGGAAGCUUUGAUUCUGUGGUUUAAAUGCAACCCACUGACACAUGUAUGACCUUUCAGCUGUAAAAUACCAGCCCUUGCUUGUUUUGAAGAGUCUGUAACUUGUCUUAAUAAAUGUGCAUCCUUUGGAUUUAAA